AUGGCGUCGGUUUGUGUAUGUUGGAGUUCAGCUGUUGAUAUAACCGCUUUGACGAAUGUGGGAAAUAUAACUGGUUCUAUUGAAGAUGUAAAUGUUGGUCCAAAGACAGUAAAAAUAUCAGCAUAUCUGGGAAUACCGUUUGCUGAGCCACCUCUCGGCAAUCUCAGGUUUGCUAAACCACAACCGAAGAAAAAAUUCGACAGAACGUUUCUGGCUAAAAACUAUAGCGCCUCUUGUCAUCAAAUUAACCAAUACUGGGAUGUAGGGGCAGAAGAUGAAGAUUGUCUGUAUCUUAACGUCUUUAGUCCGAAUAUUGAUCAAAGUGGUACGACAAAGUUUGCAGUCUUUAUAUGGAUUCAUGGUGGAUCGUUUAUGUUCGGUGAAGGUAAAGCAUCAACAAGUAGCAUUUUAGCAGCCAAUGGCCAGAUUAUUGUUGUUUCUGUGAAUUAUCGUCUUGGGGUUUUCGGUUUCUUAAGUUCUGGAAAUAGUGCUGCAGGUGGGAAUUAUGGACUUUGGGAUCAACAUCUUGCUAUAAAGUGGGUUAAGAAUAAUAUUGAAGGUUUUGGGGGUGAUGCAUCAAAGAUUACGAUCGCUGGUGAGUCUGCUGGUUCAGCCUCUGUUAUGUUCCAGGCUAUUUAUCCGGGCAAUGAAAAUUUGUUCCAGAGAGUAAUAGCUGAAAGUGGUUCCGCUAACGCUAAUUGGGCU